AUGAAGCUGCCGUUUUCUCUGAUUCUCCUCUGGGCACUCUCCACCACAGGUAAGGACACUCAUUUUACCUGCAGCUGGAGCCCUCCAGUGUCACACCUGCGCAGAUUCGACGUGUUCAGGCACAACAGCAAAUACAUGUUCCUCAUCGGAACCGAUGUGUGUUACAGCUACCAUUCUAGUCAACAGUGGCACCACCACGUAUCCAGCUCAGGGCUGCGCAUCUGCAAACCUGUGUGCAGCUGCUUCAAGCCUGGGUUCUCUACCUUUCAUGCAGAGCGUUGGUACCGUAUCAGGUGUUGCCUGUUCUGCAGCACCAACUACGACUACUGCCCCAACUACAACGACUGCCCCAACUACAACUACAACCACAGCCGCAACAACAACCACCGCCGCGACCACAACCACCGUCCCAGCUACAACUACAACCACAGCCGCAACAACAACCACCACCGCGACCACAACCACCGUCCCUGCUACAACUACAACCACCGUCCCAGCUACAACUACAACCACCGCCCCAACUACAACAACAACCACCGCCACAUCUACAACCACCGUCCCAACUACAGCCACGGUCCCAACUACAACCACAACCACCGCCCCAACUACAACCACCACUCAACCACCAUUCCAACUACAACCACCACCACCGCCGCAACUACAACCACCGUCCCAACUACAACCACAACCACCGCCGCAACUACAACCACUGCCGCAAUUACAACCACCGCCGCAAUUACAACCACCGUCCCAACUACAACCUCAACCACCGCAACUACAACCACCAUCCCAACUACAACCACCGCCGCAACUACAACUACAAACGCCGCCACAACUAUAACCACCGUCCCAACUACAACCACCGCCGCAACUACAACCACCGCCACAACUACAAACGCCGCCGCAACUACAACCACCGUCCCAACUACAACCACAGCCGCAACUACAACCACCGCCACAACUACAACCACCGUCCCAACUACAACCACCGUCGCAACUACAACCACAACCACCGCCGCAACUACAACCCCAACCAGCGCCACAACUACAACCACUGCCCCAACUACAACCACCACUGCAACUACAACCACCGCCCCAACUACAACCACCACUGCAACUACAACCACAACCACCGUCCCAACUACAACCGCCGCCGCAACUACAACCACCGUCCCAACUACAACCACAACCACCGCCGCAACUACAACCACCGCCGCAACUACAACCACUGCCGCAACUACAACCACCGUCCCAACUACAACCACCACCACCUCCGCAACUACAACCACCGUCCCAACUACAACCACUGUCCCAACUACAACCACAACCACCGCCGCAACUACAACCACCGCUGCAAUUACAACCACCGUCCCAACUACAACCUCAACCACCGCCGCAACUACAACCACCAUCCCAACUACAACCACCGCCCCAACUACAACCACCACCGCAACUACAACUACAAACGCCGCCACAACUACAACCACCGUCCCAACUACAACCACCGCCCCAACUACAACCACCGCCCCAACUACAACCACCGCCACAACUACAACUACAAACGCCGCCGCAACUACAACCACCGUCCCAACUACAACCACAGCCGCAACUACAACCACCAUCCCAACUACAACCACCGUCGCAACUACAUCCACAACCACCGCCGCAACUACAACCCCAACCAGCGCCACAACUACAACCACCACCCCAACUACAACCACCGUCCCAACUACAACCACAACCACCGCCGCAACUACAACCACCGCCCCAACUACAACCACCGCUGCAACUACAACCACAACUACCAUCCCAACUACAACCACCGUCACAACUACAACCGCCGCCGCAACUACAACCACCGUCCCAACUACAACCACAACCACCUCCGCAAGUACAACCACCGCCGCAACUACAACCACCGCCCCAACUACAACCACAACCACCGCCGCAACUACAACCACCGCCGCAAUUACAACCACUGUCCCAACUACAACCACAACCACCGCCGCAACUACAACCACCGUCCCUACCACAACCACUGCCGCAACUACAACCACCGUCCCAACUACAACCACCGCCACAACUACAACCACCGUCCCAACUACAACCACAACCACCGCCGCAACUACAACCACCACCCCAACUACAACCACUGCUGCAACUACAACCACAACUACCAUCCCAACUACAACCACCGUCACAACUACAACCGCCGCGGCAACUACAACCACCGUCCCAACUACGACCACAACCACCUCCGCAAGUACAACCACCGCCGCAACUACAACCACCGCCCCAACUACAACCACAACCACCGCCGCAACUACAACCACUGUCCCUACCACAACCACCGCCGCAACUACAACCACCGUCCCAACUACAACCACCGCCACAACUACAACCACCGUCCCAACUACAACCACAACCACCGCCGCAACUACAACCACUGCCGCAAUUACAACCACCGCCGCAACUACAACCACCGUCCCAACUACAACCACAACCACCGCCGCAACUACAACAACUACAACCACCGUCCCAACUACAACCACAACCACUGCCGCAACUACAACCACUGCCGCAACUACAACCACCGCCCCAACUACAACCACAACCACUGCCGCAACUACAACCACUGCCGCAAUUCCAACAACCGCCCCAACUACAACCACAACCACUGCCGCAACUACAACCACUGUCCCUACUACAUCCACAACCACCGCCACAACUACAACCACCAUCCCAGCUACAACCACCGCCCCAACCACAAUCACCGUCGCAACUACAGCCACCGUCCCAACUUCAACUACAACCACCACCGCAACUACAACCACUGUCCCAACUACAACCACAACCACCGCCCCAACUACAACCACCGCCGCAUCUACAACCACCGUCCCUACUACAACCACAACCACCGCCGCAACUACAACUGCCUCUACAACCAAAAGUGACGCUUGUUCUAUCAGACUGGGAAUGAUCCAUCUGCUGCUUGGACUCCUUCUCUUUACCUUUCAUUAA